AUGCAGGAAUGUGCCGGCGAAAAUGUGGCGGUAGAGGUGAGACAUCCCGUGUAAAAUGUUUUUGUUUCUGUUCUGAAGUUAUCGAAAUGUCUCAAGGUCUAUUACUGGGCUAUAUUUUUUAGGAAACUUUGAUACACUCCCAUGGUCAACAAUUUACUUUGCUUAGGGAACAACAAUCUCUGUAUUGAUCACCCAGUCCACUCAGUGUUGUAGAAAUAAUUUUUCUAUUUCCAAAAUUUUAGUAUUCAAUUUAGACAGCACUAGCGAUAAACCCACAGAGGAUUGCUGCCAUUGCUUGUAUGCGAAAAUCUACCCUAAAACGUUAUCUGCUGUAAAAGAUUUAUAUGAAUUGUCUAGCAAGGUGUCCUACCAAGUAAAGAAAUCAAUAUAUUAUUCUUUUUUUAUUAUUCAAGAAUAUGAUACUUAACCUGGAUGAAGAAACAGUAAGGAGGCUUGCCAUCAGAGUCCUUUCAAGGGGCAUUGGCAGUUUGGAAUUUAUCCAAAGCCAGCUGGUCGCAGAUGAUGAAAGUGAUGGUCCAAUAAUCAAUGCACAUGGAUCCCCCAUUAGACGGCUGGUAGUCAGACAAACUGAAAGUACCUCUGGGGCAAUGGGUGAAACAACCCAAGAGGUGAUCUCUGGCCCUUCCACUGGACCAUCAACACUAGACUGUUCACAUGCACCAGAAGGACCACCAACACCAGACAGGCCAAGACAUCCAGCACCACCUGUCCCCGAGUGGUGCAAGUGUGGGCAUUGUAGGCAAAUGAGCAGAGCCAUCGAGAAUUUGUGUUGUAAAAAAAAGAUUGCGUAA